AUUAAAUUUAGUACGAAGCGAAAAAGAUUAGUGGAACGCGCAGUAAAAAAAGUAGAGUAAUUUCAUUGGUGUCGCCGAAUAAACAGUUAAAGUAAAUUAUUUAAAAGAAAAUUGUGGUGCAAGUUGGCAUGUGUGUGUGUGUGCAUAACGUAUGAAGUUUACAACGAAGCGUAGUUUGUGGAGGCGUUUGGAGCUUCGUCAGCACAACAUAAAAUCGAUUAAAAGUGCAUGCCCAAAAUUUCUGUGCGUGUGUUUGUUGCUACAAACAUAAAUAUAUAUUAUCUACGUACAUAAAUAUAAAUACAAACUCACGCGCUUCUAUCUUUAUUCUUCCAACGCUUCAGUAUCAAUGUAAUUUUUAUACGAAACGUGACCAGCUGCUCUUUAAAGGUGAAUUUUACCUUGUGACAUGUGGCAGGAACUAUAAAAGGUGAUCCUAAUAACGAUUGCGACGGAGCAGCGCAUACAGUGAUAGUGAGAGAUUAGUAGACAGGCAAGCAGUCUAAUAGUGUGAGUUCCUUUGGGUGCACUGCAGCCGACUUGGCUGCAUUAUAAUUCAAAUGCAGAGACAACUGCUCGAUAGAGAAGAACAACAUCAUAUGUUGCUCCGACGAGUGGGAGAGCAAGCUGCCGACGAAAAAGAAGCAGUAGAGCCAACAUACAGUUACAAUUAUUGACUGUUUUGUUGUCUAUUACUAUUACAUACCCUCGUAGAGAAAGAGCGGGAGUGCGAGUGCAAACACCCACGCACUUUAAAAGUAGAGCACAACAGAAAAGAAAAACAAAAGCGUAAAGCGUAAAUUAUAAAAUAUAUAUAUAUAUAAAAUAUAAACGCUCGAGAGAGCGAAAACGACCAGAAAUUAAAGCAUACAAGCAAACGAUACAAUGAUGAAACGCACGCGCAUCGAUGAAGUCCAAUUUGGCACACGCACCGGUCCCGGACCAGGUGGAACGGGGGCUGGUACGGUCCCUGCGGCCAAUAGUAGUGGUGCUAGUAGCGUCGUCAAUACAACUGGCGGCGUUGUUGGAGCAGGCGGGGGUGUUACCAUAGGUGCAGUGGUGCCAAAUGCACACAGUGCAACAAUAAGUGGAAUUGGCUCUAUACAUCAUCGCAUAUUAACUCCCCAGCAUGGUGGCGCACAGACUAUUGCCUAUCUGCCAUCCACAACGCCAGCAGCAGCGGCGGCGGCGGCGGCAGCAGCAGCAGCAGCAACAAAUCUGAAAACAGCGAGCAGCAUUGUCGAUAGCCCAGCGGCCCAGGUUGCCUCCACAGGCAGCGCAGCAACACAAACCUUGCAGUAUAACACAUCUUAUAGUGUUGCCUCCAUACAGGCAGGUGGCACUUUGAAGUCAAAUACCGGUGGCGGCGAUGCCAAUGCGGUGCAGAUACAUGUAGCUGGCGCCCAAACUGCACCGCCGACUGUUUCAAGCAGCUGUCAAACGGGCAGCAUACGCCAGCGCACCAUAAGCGGCACGCAGACCACGUUGGGAGCCAAUUUAACCAGCACAGCGCAGCAAACACAACCGCCAUCGACGCCACAGUCAACUCCAGUGAAUGGACCAACUGUGGCAGCUGGCAACAGCACACCGCCACAAGCGGUAGGCGCAGCAUCUGGAGCUGGUGGGGCUGCCACACCACGUCUUAAAGUUGAGGAUGCGUUGAGUUAUCUGGAUCAGGUCAAGUAUCAGUAUGCGGACCAACCGCAAAUUUAUAACAAUUUUCUGGACAUUAUGAAGGAGUUCAAGUCGCACUGUAUCGACACACCUGGUGUUAUUGAGCGCGUCUCGACGCUCUUUAAAGGGCACACUGAACUCAUCUAUGGCUUCAAUAUGUUUUUGCCACCUGGUUAUAAAAUUGAAAUACAUUCGGAUGCAUUGGGUGCAUCCAUACCAGUUGUCAGCAUGCCAUCGCCUCCAGGUGCGCCUAGCAGCACGGGUACAGUGCAUAUGAUUGCCAGCAGUCCGAGUGUACGCACGUCCAGUCAAGGCGGCGGUGGAGCUGCAGUGGCGGCGGCAGCAGUGGCAGCAGCAGCGGUUGCGCAGUUACAAACACCGGGUGCUGUUAAUCUAAUGACACAUGGUGGGGCGUCGCUGACACAGACUACCAUACAUGCGUUGCAGCCAGCAGCGGCGGCAGCUCCAUCUCCAAGUAGCGGUGCGGGUAGUCAUGUCCAUGUCUCAAGCACGCCACCUGUGGGCGUCUCUGUCUCAACGCACAAUAUGCCACAGAAUUAUUCACGUGAUCGUGCGGGAGAGCAGCGUGCCACAAUAACACCUGCGGCUGCCUUAGCAUCUGCCACUCCCAGCAGCAGCAGCAGCAUUGUUGUAGGCGGGGGUCCUCCUACGCCCAACUCUUUAAGUGAGCUAAGUCCACAUGCUGGCGGCGGAGCACAACACAAUCUGCAUCAUAUACAGCAGGCACAUCAGUCUAUGCUGUUGGCCGAGACAACAGGACAGCAGAAUCCGCCCGUAGAAUUUAAUCACGCCAUUACCUAUGUGAAUAAGAUCAAGAAUCGUUUCCAAAGCCAACCAGCUAAGUACAAGAAAUUCUUGGAGAUAUUGCAUGCCUAUCAGAAGGAGCAAAAGGUUAUGAAGGAGGGCAGCAGUACUGCCGUAGGUGGCGGCGCUGUCAAUGCUGGUGGCAAAAUGUUGACUGAACAGGAGGUUUACACUCAGGUUGCCAAGCUCUUUGGCCAGGAUGAGGAUUUGUUGCGGGAAUUUGGACAAUUUCUGCCCGAUGCUACUAAUCAUCAGUCGGGUUCGUCGUCAGCGGCAGCAGCAGCAGCAGCGGCAGCGCAGUACAUGUCUAAAUCGGCAGCGGCAGCGUUGCAUAAUGACCAUCAUCAAAAGGGGCAAGUGCAGACUCAGGCUCGUAGUGGUGGGACUACAGCAACGCUUAGUGGCGGCGCUCACAUAAGUAUGUCCACCGGGUCGACUGCGUUGCCGAACAGCGGUUCCCCACUGCAACUGAGCAGUGGAGCAACUCUCUCACAGAUUGAUGCGCACGCAGCGGCUAUUGGCAAUCUCUCUGCGGUAAAUACAAGCGUCAGCAUCAAGUCUGCGUACAGCAGCAACAACAGUACGAGUGGCAACAAUAAUCUGCCACAAAAUCACAUUUUAAGCAGCGCUGUAUACGAGAAAGACUAUCACAGUCUUAGCCAGCAGCAGUUGCAACAGCAGCAGCAGCGUAAUAACAGUGGCGUCUAUCAGCCUGUUACAACCGGUCUGCGUGCCAGUGUGGCAAUGCUUGGUACCGGCAUCGAACAACGCAAUAAUCAUCAUGCACAAAAGUAUAUAACGCAGCAGCAGCAGCCACAUCUCAGCCAGAAAAAGUCUCCCAGCUAUGUGGCAACACUUUCGCAUCAUCAUGCCCAGCAGCAGCAGCCAGCGGCGUCAGUAGCAGUGGCCGCGCAGCAUCAACAUCAUCAUCAUCCUCAGCAGCAGCAGUCUCAUCAUCUUGCCGAUCAACAUCAGUUGGAGCAGCGUAACUCCCCCAAUUAUAUUACGACCGUUUCCGCUGUUCCGCAAUUGCAUCCCAAUACCGCUUCCCGUCGUCCGCCAACUGAGGAGUUGAAUCUGCCCGUUUAUGGCGGCAGCAAUCUUACUGCUACUGGACCACCGCCCGCAAAGCGUCCCAAGCCUUAUUGUCGCGAUGUUAGCUUCUCGGAGGCAUCCUGUAAGUGCACUAUUUCGGAUGCGGCCUUUUUCGACAAGGUUCGCAAGGCUUUACGAAAUCCAGAGGUCUAUCACAAUUUUUUGCGGUGCCUCACGCUGUUUAAUCAAGAAAUUGUUUCUAAGACGGAGUUGCUUGGCCUAGUGUCGCCGUUCCUUACGAAGUUUCCUGAUCUUCUACGCUGGUUUACCGAUUUUCUUGGUCCACCUGCGGUCGCUGGGCAAAUAGGCUCCGGUGGCGUCCUAAUUGACGGCAUACCUUUGGCAGCAACACAGCGUCAGGGCGGCGGUAAUAGCAGCAGCUCUGGCCAUGAUCGUGUUAGCAGUCAUCAAAAUACCAACGACUAUGUGCAAGAUGUUGAUCUAUCGCUUUGUAAGCGCCUCGGUGCCUCCUACUGCGCUUUGCCUCAGUCGACGGUGCCAAAGAAGUGCAGCGGACGUGAUGCCCUUUGCCGUGAGGUGCUCAACGACAAGUGGGUCUCAUUUCCCACCUGGGCCAGCGAGGACUCGACCUUUGUCACUUCGCGUAAGACACAGUUUGAAGAAACAAUCUACAGGAAUAUUCACAGAACGGAGGACGAGCGUUUCGAACUGGAUCUGGUUAUCGAGGUAAAUAGCGCCACCAUACGCGUGCUGGAAAAUGUCCAGAAGAAAAUGUCACGUAUGUCCCCGGAAGAAUUGGUAAAAUAUCAUCUAGAUGAUCAUCUCGGUGGCACAUCGCAGACAAUACAUCAGCGUGCCAUUCAUCGUAUUUACGGCGACAAGUCUGGAGAGAUAAUCCAGGGCAUGAAGAAAAAUCCCUCUGUCGCGGUGCCCAUUGUGCUCAAGCGUCUCAAGGUUAAGGAGGAGGAAUGGCGAGAUGCACAAAAGGGCUUCAACAAGCAAUGGCGUGAACAAAAUGAGAAAUAUUAUCUCAAAUCGUUGGAUCAUCAAGCUAUAAAUUUUAAACCAAACGAUAUGAAGGCGCUGCGCUCCAAAAAUCUGUUUAAUGAAAUUGAAACGCUUUAUGACGAGCGUCACGACCAGGACGACGAUGGCAUGGAAGCGGCGGGGCCGCAUUUAAUACUGCCAUACAAGGAUAAAACAAUUCUUGAUGAUGCCGCAAAUCUACUCAUCCAUCAUGUUAAACGCCAGACCGGAAUACAAAAACAAGAAAAGCAGAAAAUAAAACAAAUUAUACGACAAUUUGUCCCUGAUCUAUUCUUUGCGCCCCGACAACCGCUCAGCGAUGAUGAGCGUGAUGAUGAUGACACCAAGAUGGAUGUCGACUUGCCUGUAAGCAGCAAUCGGCCGGCCAAGGGUGCUAUACCCAGCGAAAGCGCUUCGCCAGCACGCAGCAGUGGCAGCACGAGCAGCAGCGGCGGCGUGGGUGGGAUAUCAGCUGCAAUUAAAAAGGAAACAGAGGACUCGGCGUCUAAGGCGACAUCAGCAACAACAAUAACAGCAGCAGCUCCAAUAGGAACAACAACUAAAGUUACCGAUGCAACCCCUACAACUUCAACAGCCGCAGUAGCAGCAGCAGUUACAGUGCCAGAAAAGGAUGAGACUUUACAAGUUGAUAAUACAGUAACAACAGUCGCAACAACAUUAGCUACAAUGACAACAACAACAACUACAGCAGCCUCAGGCACCAGUCCCAAGCGAGCUGAAGAAGCAUCGUCCGCAGCAACGACAGCGAGCAGCAGCAAUGAUUUAAGUGUCAAGCAGGAGCAGCUCGGUGAUUUUCCCAGUCCGAAGCUGUUGCCACCACAUGCGCAAGGUCAACGUGAGGAUGAAUCAUAUUCGCUGUUCUUUGCCAACAACAAUUGGUAUCUGUUCCUAAGACUGCACGCCAUACUCUGCGAGCGUCUGAAUGUGAUGUAUGAGCGUGCGCGUCUGCUGGCCAUUGAAGAGGAACGCUGUCGUGUCAACCGACGCGAGAGUACGGCCACUGCGCUGCGGCUUAAGCCCAAACCGGAUGUGCAGGUGGAAGAUUACUAUCCCACAUUCCUGGACAUGCUCAAGAACGUACUGGAUGGCAAUAUGGACUCGAAUACGUUUGAGGACACUAUGCGCGAAAUGUUUGGCAUAUAUGCUUACAUUAGUUUUACACUCGAUAAGGUUGUAUCAAAUGCAGUGCGUCAACUACAGUACUGCGUCACAGAGCGCGCUGCCCUGGACUGCGUGGAGCUUUAUGGAGUAGAACAGAGACGUGGCAGCACUGGUGGCAACUGUCGUGACGCCCCAAAAAGCUUUGAUCGUGAAAUGAGUUAUCAGCGGAAAGCGGAGUCCAUGCUUAACGAGGAGAAUUGUUUUAAAGUGUUUAUUUACAAAAUUGAUUGUCGCGUGACGAUUGAGCUGUUGGACUCGGAGCCUGAGGAGGUGGAGAAGCCAGUGCUCAAGGCUCAAAAGUUUAACAAAUAUGUGGAACGUUUGGCAAAUCCAAGUUUUACUGGCAUUGGCAAUGACAAUGUUGUAACGACGUCUGACAUUAAAACAGAACAGGAAGAGGAAAAUCCUGAGCUGGGACGCGUUGCACGAAAAGCCCGUUUUCUAUUACGUAAUAAGCGUCAGUCGCAACUGCAUGAAGAGCAAGUGCGUCAGCUGUUCGAGCAGAAGCGUCACUGCGGCGAGGUAACUGCCUCAACGGCAGCAGCGUCAACAGUUAGCAGCAACGAUGUACCUACUACCAACAACAAUAAUAAUAACAACUGGAAUAAACGGACGCCAGAACGUUUAGGUGCACCACAACUGGGACUGGCAGAGCAAUACGCAUUUAAUGAUCGCGAUGAGAUCAGCACGAAUGCCAGCAAUGGACGCUGCUUUGUGACCAGCAAGAAUCUCAAGCUUCUCAAAUACGAUGCAGUGCGUCGGGCCAAAAAGAGUCAUUGCCGAGUCACACAAUUAAAGUAUAAUCGUUUCCAAGCGUACUGCAAUAAGUGGCUGCAGCAACAUGUUAGUGAGCCCCUGCAACAGCAUUGCCAGGAUUGGCUACUAGGGAAGACGCCAGAGCAGAUUAAUGCCAGUGGUUGGGGUGCCACAAGCAAGACUAAAUUGCUGCUGCAGAAGGAUACGACUAAGACUCCCUAUCGCAUCUACACGCGCUAUAAAGUGCAGCAAUCAAAUGCGCUUAAUACGACAACUGCAACAGCAACAUCAUCAGCAACAACAGCAGCAUUAAUAACAACUGUUGCACCUGCUGCAACAGCAUCAAUUAUAGCAACACCAGCAGCAGCAUCGGUGGCUGCCACAGCAACAGUUGUGCCCGUUUCAAGCAACAAUCUUCUAACUACCGCCGAUUGCAACAGCGCUGUAGCUGUUGUUGCUGUCACAGCCAACAAUGCGACAGAAGCAACACUACAGCAAGUGCGUCCCAUGGAGAGCUAAUUGAGCAGCUGAACGUUCAAUACGUUCAAGCCCAUGUGAUAACACGCUUGCGACCGUCAUCACGCUCCAUGGACUUGCAAUAAUAACACAUUGGCAGAAGUCAUUCAGUUUGUUUUUAUAGGCAUAAGACUUUCGAUAAGUUUAUGAUCAAGGCAGCGUAUUUGCAUUCAAUACACUCGCGUCGGCUUAAAUCUUAUACAAACAGCAGUUUGUGCUAAUUAGGCUUAGAUUUCAUUAUAUAAGUAGUUAAGGUUUUAUUGAACACAACUAUUUUUAGAUUUUACGCAAACAAUAAUUUCAAUGUAUUUUUUAUACAAAACCAACCAACCAACCUUGUACAAUUCCUUGUGAAUACUAUUAAUAACACGCCUAGCUAUAAGUUUAGUUUAAGUUGUAAAAAAAAAAA